UUCCAGGCAACUGUCAGGCAGCCUCUCUCUGCUGAUCACCUAGGAGAAUGGCAGACCCUAUAAGACUGGGCGCUCUGCUGCUCCUGGUCGGCACUGCUCUUUGUGCACCUCUGGGUUCCGCGGUUGGAACCCACAGUCUUCACUAUAACCUCACAGUGAGGUCCCAAGGUGGAUCAGUGCAAUCAAGGUCCUUUGCCAAUGGUUAUUGGGACCAUCAGCUCUUCCUUCACUUUGAUAGUGACAAAAAAGAAAGUGUAAAGCCCCAGGGGCCAUGGGCAGAAAAACCUUUGGGAACUGAAAGCUGGGACACAGAGAUCCAGGAGUUGGCAGAGCACAGCAAGAAUCUAAAAGCAACCCUGGCAGAUAUCAAUGCCUGGCAAGAGCAGAAAGGAGGGUCUCAUUUCCUCCAGGAGACUUGGGGCUGCAAGAUUCACAAGGACAACUGCACCAGGGCCUUCUGGAAUUUCUACUAUGAUGGGGAGCCCUUCCUUUCCUAUCAUCCAGAGACACGCAGCUGGACAGUGGAGCCAUCCUCAGCUCAGAACUUGGCUAUGGAAGUCAAGAAUUCCUGGGAUGCAGAUGACAUACAAAACAAGGAUUACUGGGCCCAAGUGCAGGGAGAGCUUUGUGGAAGACUCAGGAGAUAUCUAAUCUUCUGGAAGGACUCCCCUGGAGCCUCUGCCCAGAGAACCUUGUGUGAGUUUAUCGUGUUGUGAUUUGCCUGUCCUGUCACACCGCUAGAUAGAGACAGGAGGGUGUAUGUGCCCAGACACAAGUGAGCCCUCACCUCCCUGCCUGAUAUGAUAGCAUAGAGAGCUCCCACCUGGCCCCACAACCCUCGACCCCCCAAAAUACCCCUCAUCACCUCACAAACCAGAAUUCCUAUAACACCCCCUAUUUAACAUAACACGUUGAAGUGAGAAUGUGAGGCCACAAGCCCAGUGACCAUCCUCCUGCCAGUCAGAGGACUCAGGCUCCAGGUUGAAAACAGACUUGUGGACCUCACUUCAAUGAGGUCUUGGGCCAGAGUCAGAAGAGUGGAGAAGGGGAGUGAGGCUUGGUCACAUGCCUGACUAUUUUUGCCUUUGUUUCCUUCCAGUGUUUCCAGCAGUGAAUGUGACCUGUGCUGAGGCCCUGGAGGACACCAUCAAUGUGACAUGUUGGGCUUUUGGCUUCUAUCCCCAGAAUAUCUCUGUGACCUGGCUUCAGGAUGGGGAACCCCUGAGCCAGGGCACCCAGCAGUUUGGUGGUAUCUUUUCCUAUGAGAAUGGGACCUACCAGACCUGGGUGUCUACCAGGAUUCCCCAAGGACUGGAGCAGGGGUUCAGCUGCCAUGUGGGACACAGCGGGAACAACAGCACUGGCUUUGU